AUGUAUAGAACAACUGCCUCUGGUUAUCAUAGUGAUAGUGAAGAAGAAGAAGUACAGUCCUACAGGAUGUCAGAUAUAUCGCAACCUGCUUCACCCUCUACUUCCUCGUACAAUAAAAUGAGUGUAGACUCUGAAGAUGCAAGAUCAAUUGCUUCAGCUACUUCCUUAUCUGAAAAGUUACCAAAACAGAUCAAUCACAUAUCAAAAAUCACUCAUUCUACUCGGUUUACUCAGGAUGAUGAUAGUAAUAACAAUAGUAAACAUAAAGGCAUCUUUCGUGAAAAGCGUGAUCCAGAAAAAAGAAGCGUUCAUAGAAGAAGUUCAUUAUUGCCAAAAUCAAAAGCUUUACUAAGAGUGAUCAAUCAAGCAGAGGAAGAUACUCGCUUUUUAGAUAUUGAAAUGCGUAAAGAAAAAGAACUACAACAAAAAAUAACAGAUCCAAAUCAAAAUGAUGUACCAGCUGCUUCAUGGACAAAAGUACUAGAUUUUCCUUAUUAUCAAUGUUCAAAGCUAAAUCCAGAAGUAGAAAUGACAAAUUUACAAUUAGAUAAUUUACCGCCACCUACACAACAGACAUAUAGAUCUAUAAAGCGUAAAGCCUCAGAAGAUAGAUUUGAACCUUAUCCAGCAUUUAGUCUAAAGCGUAGAGCAGUUUCUCCUUCUGUUUCUUUAUCAGGGUCGCCUAUCCUGACAGGCAUAUCAAGUCCACCUACCAGUUUUUGUCCUUCUCCUUCUCCUAAUGCUGCUAGUAGAUCCUACCAACAAAAGCCUGUAGAUACUUCCUUCAACUUGCAGGAUGCAAGUGGUGGAUUAAGCCGUAUGUCAUUAAGUGAAUGA